AUGGGGCUGCCACUGGCCCGCCUGGUGGCCGUCUGCCUGGCUCUGGCUUCGGCCAGCGGCCAGGAGCUGCUCAGAGGCGGUGGGGUCUCCGGGCCCCUGGCUCUGGGCUGCAGGAGCCGAGCGGUACAGGUGGUGGCGGGAAGGUGUCCAUCCCUGUGCCCAGGCCAGGCUGGCUCCCCCCGGCCCCCGCUCACCCCGCUGCCCACAGGCAGGACCCGUGCCCACGGCCACAGUGUGUGCAGCACAUGGGGCGACUCCCACUACAAGACCUUCGACGGUGACGUCUUCCGCUUCCCCGGGCUGUGCGACUACAAGUUCGCGUCCGACUGCAGGGACUCCUACAAGGAGUUUGCUGUGCACCUGCGGCGGGGUCCCAGGCAGGGCGGGCACCCCCACAUUGAGUCCAUCCUGCUGACCGUCAAGGACGACACCGUCUACCUUACCCGCCAGCUGGCCGUGGUCAACGGGGCCAUGGUGAGCACCCCGCACUACAGCCCCGGGCUGCUCAUCGAGAAGAAUGACGCCUACACCAAGGUUUACUCCCGUGCGGGGCUGGCGCUCAUGUGGAACCGCGAGGACUCGCUCAUGCUGGAGCUGGACAGCAAGUUCCGGAACCAUACCUGUGGCCUCUGUGGGGACUACAAUGGCCUGCAAACCUACUCGGAGUUUCUCUCUGAGGGUGUGGCCUUCAGUGCUGUGGAAUUUGGGAACUUACAGAAGAUCAACAGGCCCGAGGUGGCGUGUGAGGACCUGGAGGAGCUGCCCCCAACACCCUCUUCCUGCUCUCUGCAUCGUGCCGAGUGUGAGCGCCUGCUGACGGCGCCAGCCUUCGCGGACUGCCAGGCCCGGGUGGCCCGGGAGCCCUACGUGCAGGCCUGCGUGCUGGACCUCUGCACAUGCGCCCGCAGCCCCGCCUGUGCCUGCAGCACCCUGGCCGAGUUCUCCCGCCAGUGCUCCCACGCGGGCGGGCGGCCUGGAAACUGGAGGAGUGCCUCGCUGUGCCCCAAGAGCUGCCCUGGUAACAUGAUCUACCUGGAGAGCGGCUCCCCUUGCAUGGACACCUGCUCACACCUGGAGGUCAGCAGCCUGUGUGAGGAGCACCGCAUGGAUGGCUGCUUCUGCCCCGAAGGCACCGUGUAUGAUGAUGUGGCGGGCAGUGGCUGCGUCCCCGUGAGCCAGUGUCACUGCAAACUGCACGGACGCCUGUACUCACCCGGCCAGCAGAUCAGCAGUGACUGCGAGCAGUGCGUGUGCAAGGCUGGCCGCUGGGCGUGCAAGGAGCUCCCCUGCCCAGGCACCUGCGCCCUAGAGGGCGGCUCUCACGUCACCACCUUUGACGGCAAGAAGUACACCUUCCACGGGGACUGCUACUACGUGCUGGCUCGGGGGGACCACAAUGACUCCUACGCCCUCCUGGGCGAGCUGGCGCCCUGCGGCUCCACGGAGAAGCAGACCUGCCUGAAGACGGUGGUGCUGCUGGCCGACCAGAAGAAGAACGUGGUGACCUUCAAGUCUGAUGGCAGUGUGCUGCUGAACCAGCUGGAGGUGAACCUGCCCCACGUGACUGCGAGCUUCUCCGUCUUCCAGCCGUCCUCCUACCACCUCAUCGUGAACACGGCCUUCGGGCUGCGGCUGCAGCUGCAGCUGGUGCCGGUCAUGCAGCUGUUUGUCACCCUGGACCAGGCGUCCCGGGGUCACGUGCAGGGUCUCUGCGGGAACUUCGAUGGCCAGGCCGGCGACGACUUCCGCACGGCAGGCGGCCUGGUGGAGGCCACGGGUGCCGGCUUCGCCAACUCCUGGAAGGCCCAGGCCAGCUGCCACGACCAGCAUGACUGGCUGGAAGACCCCUGCUCCCUCAACAUCGAGAGCGCCAACUACGCCGAGCACUGGUGCUCACUGCUCAAGAAGACGGAGACGCCCUUCGGCCGCUGCCACUCAGUCGUGGACCCCACUGAGUACUACAAGAGGUGCAAGUACGACACGUGCAACUGCAGGAACAACGAGGACUGUCUGUGCGCCGCGCUAUCCUCCUACGCGCGAGCCUGCGCCGCCCGCGGGGUCAUGCUCUGGGGCUGGCGGGAGCGCGUCUGCAACAAGGACGUGGGCGCCUGCCCCGGAUCGCAGGUGUUUCUCUACAACCUGACCACCUGCCAGCAGACCUGCCGCUCGCUGGCCGAGCCCGACGCCCACUGCCUGCGCGGCUUCGCGCCGGUGGACGGCUGCGGCUGCCCCCGCCACAGCUUCCUGGACGAGAAGGGCCGCUGCGUGCCGCUGGCCAGGUGCUCCUGCUACCACCGCGGCCUCUACCUGGAGGCGGGCGAGGUGCUGCUGCGGCAGGAGGAGCGCUGCGUCUGCAAGCAUGGGAGGCUGCAGUGCAUGCAAGUCCGGCUGCUGGGCCAGAGCUGCAAGGCCCCGAAGGAGCACGUGGACUGCAGUGACCCCUCGGCGCUGACCCUCCGGAGCCCGCGGGCCCUCAGCUGCCAGACGCUGGCGGCCGGCUACUACCAGACGGAAUGUGUGAGCGGCUGCGUGUGCCCCGAGGGGCUGCUGGACGAUGGGCGUGGGGGCUGCGUGCAGGAGGUGGCCUGCCCCUGUGUGCACAACAAUGAUCUCUACUCCCCGGGAGAAAAGAUCGCGGUGGACUGCAACACCUGCACCUGCGAGCGGGGCCGCUGGGUCUGCACCCAGGCUGUGUGCCAUGGCACCUGCACCAUCUACGGCAGCGGCCACUACGUCACCUUCGACGGCAAGUACUUUGACUUCGAUGGCCACUGCUCCUACGUGGCCGUGCAGGACUACUGUGGCCAGAACUCCUCCGGGGGAUCCUUCAGCGUCAUCACCGAGAACGUCCCCUGUGGUACCACAGGCGUCACCUGCUCCAAGGCCAUCAAGAUCUUCCUAGGGAGGACGGAGCUGAAGCUGGAGGACAGGCAUCGCAUGGUCAUCCAGCGUGACCAGGGCCACCACGUGAGUUACACUACGCGGGAGGUGGGCCUGUACCUGGUGGUGGAGGCCAGUAUCGGCAUCAUUGUCAUCUGGGACAAGCGGACAACCAUCUUCAUCAAGCUGGCGCCUUCCUACAAGGGCACGGUGUGCGGGCUAUGUGGGAACUUUGACAGCCGCUCCAACAAUGACUUCACCACGCGGGACCACAUGGUGGUGGACAGCGAGCUGGACUUCGGGAACAGCUGGAAAGAGGCUCCCACCUGCCCCGACGUGACCUCCACCCCCGAGCCCUGCGCCCAAAACCCACACCGCCACGCCUGGGCCGAGAAGCAGUGCAGCCUCAUCAAGAGCACCGUGUUCAGCGUCUGCCACAGCAAGGUGGACCCCAAGCCCUUCUACGAGGCCUGCGUGCACGAUUCCUGCUCCUGCGACUCUGGCGGCGACUGUGAGUGCUUCUGCUCCGCCGUGGCGGCCUACGCGCAGGAGUGCACCAAAGAGGGCGCCUGUGUCUUCUGGAGGACCCCCGACCUGUGCCCCGUGUUCUGUGACUUCUACAACCCCCCCCAUGAGUGCUCCUGGCACUAUGAGCCGUGUGGGAACCGCAGCUACGAGACCUGCAGGACCUUCCAUGGCCUCCACUCCAACAUUUCCGUGUCCUACCUGGAGGGCUGCUACCCGCGGUGUCCGGUGGAUAAGCCCAUCUUUGAUGAGGACCUGAAGAAGUGUGUCACCUCUGACGAAUGCGGCUGCUACGUGGACGACACCCACUACCCCCCGGGAAGCAUCCUGCCCUCCGAAGACAUCUGCCAGUUAUGCAAAUGCACCACCGACUCGAAUGUCACGUGUUGGCCUGAUGUAGGGAAGCUCCUCAACUUCACGCAAGACGGCUCCUUCUGCUAUUGGGAGAUAUGUGCGCCCGACGGCUCUGUGGAGAAGCACUUCAACGUCUGCAUAUCUAGCACGACGCCCUGGACCCCCACACCCAGCAGGCCCGCGACCACCACCACCACCACCGCCACCAGCAGCACCGCCACCCCCAGCACCACGGCCAGCACAGUCUCUGUUCCGCCGUCAACCACGCCCAAGCUGUGCUGCUUCUGGUCUGAUUGGAUCAACGAAGACCACCCCAGCACGGGCAGUGACCAUGGCGACCGGGAGACCUUUGAGGGCGUCUGCCAAGCCCCGGAGGACAUCCAGUGCCGUGCCGCCACAGAGCCCCACCUCAGCUGGGAGGAGCUGGGACAGAAGGUGCAGUGUGACGUCUCCACUGGCUUCACCUGCAAGAAUGAAGAACAGUUUGGCAUCGACCUCUUUGGGCUCUGUUAUGACUACGAGAUCCGUGUCAACUGCUGUCUGCCGAUGGACCAGUGUCCUCCGGGCACGGCCACCUCUGAGCCCACCACCCCAAGCCGGACCCCGACCCCGAUCUCCAGCACCACCACUUCCCCGCUCACCUCCACUGAGUCUCCAAGCACGACCACAACCGUUUUCACCACCUCACCAACGCCAUCCUCAAUCACGUCUCUGACCACUUCUCCUGGGUCUCCAACCACGACCCAAACUCCAAGCACCACAACUACUGGGUCACCGACCACGUCUCCGACCACCACCUCCACCACCUUGCCAAGCACGACCCCAACCACCACCCCAACCACCACCUCUACUGAACCACCAACCACCACCCCAACCACCACGUCUACUGAACCACCAACCACCACCCCAACCACAACCUCCCCAACUGCAUCUCCGACCACCUCUCCUGGGAUUCCAACCAGGACGCCAACCGAGACACCAAGCAUCACCACUACUGGAUCCCCAAUCACAUCUCCGACCACCACCUCCACCAGUUCCCCAACCACAACUGCCACUGUGUCACUGACGACGCCCACCGUGCCCAGCACCCCUUCAAGCAGCACGGCCACCACGUGGCCCACAUCCACGAUGUGUCUGGAAGACUGCCACUGGACGGGCUGGCUGGACUCCGGCAAGCCCGAGUACGGCAAGCCGGGAGGAGGAGAUUUCGAGUCCAUCGAGGGCGUCUGCGGGGACAAGUGGGCAGCCAACAUCUCCUGCAGGGCCACCAUGUUCCCCGACCGGCCCCUCGAGCAGCUGGGGCAGAGCCUGGUGUGUGACCUCUCUGUGGGUCUGGUGUGCAGGAACGAGGACCAGAAGCCGCAGGGCGGGGUGCACAUGCCCUACUGCCUCAACUAUGAGAUCAGCGUCCUCUGCUGUGGGUACUGUGCCACGCCCACCGCCGGCACCACCACCCAGAGCCCGGCUCCAACGCCCAGCACCGUCUCCACGUCCAUGGCCACGUCCACGCAGACUCCCGCGCCCACUGCCACCUCCUACUCCACCUCCUCCACUGAGGCACCGACUUCCUCACCCAGCACCCCGGGGACCUCACCCCCCAGCACCUUCUCCACCACCACACCACCUGAGACCCCAACUCCAACCAUCAGUAGCAGCACCUCCACAGGCACCCCACCUCCAUCAUCCAGCACCCCAGGAACCCCACCCCCCAGCACCAUCUCCACCACAACAUCACCUGAGACCCCACCUCCAUCCACCACCACCUCCACAGUCACCCCAACUCCAACCCCAACCACCUCCACAGGCACCCCACCACCUUCAUCCACCACCACAGGCACCCCACCUCCAUCAUCCACCACCACAGGCACCCCACCCCCCAGCACCAUCUCCACCACAACACCACCUGAGACCCCACAUCCAUCCACCACCACCUCCACAGUCACCCCAACUCCAACCCCAACUACCUCCACAGGCACCCCACCUCCAUCGUCCACCACCACAGGCACCCCAACCCCCAGCACCAUCUCCACCACAACAUCACCUGAGACCCCACCUCCAUCCACCACCACCUCCACAGUCACCCCAACUCCAACCCCAACCACCUCCACAGGCACCCCACCUCCAUCGUCCACCACCACAGGGACCCCACCUCCAUCAUCCACCACCACAGGCACCCCACACCCCAGCACCAUCUCCACCACAACAUCUCCUGAGACCCCACCUCCAUCCACCACCACAGAGAUCACCACUCCCACGACUCCCACCACCACAGGCACCACAACCACUCAGUCCCCAACCCCCAGCACCAUCUCCAGCAGCAUCUCCACAGGGACCCCAACUGCAACCCCAACCACCUCCACAGGGACCCCACCUCCAUCGUCCACCACCACAGGGACCCCAACUCCAACCCCAACCACCUCCACAGGCACCCCACCACCUUCAUCCACCACCACAGGGACCCCACCUCCAUCAUCCACCACCACAGGCACCCCACCCCCCAGCACCAUCUCCACCACAACAUCACCUGAGACCCCACCUCCAUCCACUACCACCUCCACAGUCACCCCAACUCCAACCCCAACUACCUCCACAGGCACCCCACCACCUUCAUCCACCACUACAGGGACCCCAACUCCCAGCACCAUCUCCACCACAACACCACCUGAGACCCCACCUCCAUCCACUACCACCUCCACAGUCACCCCAACUCCAACCCCAACUACCUCCACAGGCACCCCACCACCUUCAUCCACCACUACAGGGACCCCAACACCUUCAUCCACCACCACAGGGACCCCAACUCCAUCAUCCACCACCACAGGGACCCCACCUCCAUCCUCCACCACCACAGAGAUCACCACUCCCACGACUCCCACCACCACAGGCACCACAACCACUCAGACCCCACCCCCCAGCACCAUCUCCAGCAGCAUCUCCACAGGGACCCCAACUGCAACCCCAACCACCUCCACAGGGACCCCACAUCCACCGUCCACCACCACAGGGACCCCACCUCCAUCACCCACCACCACAGGGACCCCACCUCCAUCGUCCACCUCCACAGGGACCCCACCUCCAUCGUCCACCUCCACAGGGACCCCACCUCCAUCAUCCACCACCACAGGGACCCCACCUCCAUCAUCCACCACCACAGGGACCCCAACCCCCAGCACCAUCUCCACCACAACAUCUCCUGAGACCCCACCUCCAUCCACCACCACCUCCACAGUCACCCCAACUCCAACCACAACCACCUCCACAGGCACCCCACCACCUUCAUCCACCACCACAGGCACCCCACCUCCAUCAUCCACCACCACAGGGACCCCACCCUCCAGCACCAUAUCCACAGCAUCUCCUGAGACCCCACCUCCAUCCACCACAACCAUAGGGACCCCAACUCCCAGCACCUUUUCUACCACCACAUCACCUGGGAGGCCACCUUCAACCACCAUUAGCAGCACCUCCACAGGGACCCCACCUCCAUCAUCCAGCACCCCGGGGACCCCACCCCCCAGCACCAUCACAUCCACCACCUCCACAGAGACACCCUCUCCCACCUCUCCCAUCACUCCUGCCUCAACUCCCACCAGCACAGGAACCACAACUAGAGGCACCCCUACACCCAGCAGCACCCCCACCAGCACCUCCACAGGCACCCCAACUCCAACCUUAACCACGUCCACAGGGACCCCACCUCCACCAUCCAGCACCCCAGAGACCCCAACUCCCAGCACUCUCUCCACCACAACACCCUCUGAGACCCCAACUCCAACCUCAACCACGUCCACAGGGACCCCACCUCCACCAUCCAGCACCCCAGAGACCCCAACUCCCAGCACUCUCUCCACCACAACACCCUCUGAGACCCCAACUCCAACCCCAACCACGUCCACAGGGACCCCACCCCCACCAUCCAGCACCCCAGGGACCCCAACUCCACUCAUCAGCACCCCAGGGACUCCACCUCCAUCAUCAAGCACCACGGGGGUCACACCCCCCACCUCCACCACAACCACAAGAACCCCCACAGUCACUGCCAGCAGUGUGGUGACCCCCACCCCACCUGCUGGACAGUCCACUCCUUCAACCUCGCUGUCUCCAUCCCCCUCCUCCACGGAAUCUGCCACCCCAAUCACAUCGCCGGCAACAGUGCAGACAGCCAGCACGAAGCUGCCCCUCACGCCCGCCACGCCACCAGGCACACCCCCUUCUGAGACCACCCCCCGGCCGCCGGUCACGGCCUCCACCACCUCGCGGCCCUGGCCCCCCACCACAAUGCAGAGCAGCAGCUCCUCACCUCCCACGCCGAGCCCCAUGAGCUCUCCCAGUGUCAGUAUGAACACGGGCACGGGGGUCUCCGUCUCCACCGGGACCCAGUACACCUGCUGCGUUGUCAACGACACCUACUUCGGACCAGGAGAGCUGGUGUACAACGGCACACACGGAGACACCUGCUACUACGUCAACUGCUCUGAGACCUGCAACCUCGAGUUCUACAACUGGACCUGCGUGUCCACGCCUGCACCCACGCCUGCACCCACGCCCUCCACACCAGUCCCCACGCCCUCCACGCCCUCCACGCCCUCCACGCCAGUCCCCACCCCCUCCCCCACCCAGGCUGCCACUGUGUCCACCUCGACUCCCCCCGCGCCCCCCGGCCCCGGGUGCCCGGACUUCGACCCCCCCCGAAAGGAGAACGAGACGUGGUGGCUGUGUAACUGCACCCAGGCCAUCUGCAAAUACAACAACACGGUGGAGCUGGUGGAGGUGCCCUGUGUGCCUCCGCCCAUGCCCACCUGCUCCAACGGCCUCAGCCCUGUACGCGUCAUGGACCCCGAUGGCUGCUGCUGGCACUGGGAGUGUGACUGCUACUGCACGGGCUGGGGUGAUCCCCACUACGUCACCUUCGACGGGCUGUACUACAGCUACCAGGGCAACUGCACCUACGUGCUGAUGGAGGAGGUGCACCCCACAGUGGACAACUUCGGGGUGUACAUCGACAACUACCACUGCGACCCCCGAGACCAGGUGUCCUGCCCUCGCUCGCUCAUCGUGCGGCAUGAGACGCAGGAGGUGCUGCUCACCACCGUGCAGAUGGCACCCAUGCGGGUGCAGGUGCAGGUUAACCGGCAGGCCGUGGCACUACCCUACCGCAAGUUCGGGCUGCAGAUUUACGAGUCUGGCAUCAACUAUGUGGUGGACAUCCCCGAGCUGGGUGCCCUCUUCUCCUACAAUGGCCUCUCCUUCUCCAUCCGUCUGCCUUUCCACCGCUUUGGCAACAACACCAAGGGCCAGUGUGGCACCUGCACCAACACCACGGUGGACGACUGUGUGCUGCCCAGCGGGGACGUGGUGGCUGACUGUGAGGUGGCGGCUGAUGGGUGGGUGGUGAACGACCCCUCCAAGCCCCACUGCCCCCAGGGCAGCUUCACCACCCAGCGACCGGCCAUCACCAAGCCAGGGGCUGGCGGCACCCCCAGCCAGGGCUGUGCGUCCCCACUGUGCGAACUCAUCAAGGACAGCCUGUUCGCCCCGUGCCACGCUGCGGUGCCCCCCCAGCACUACUACGACGCCUGCGUGUUCGACAGCUGCUUUGUGCCAGGCGCAGGCAUGGAGUGUGCCAGCCUGCAGGCCUAUGCCACCCUGUGUGCCCAUCAGGGCGUGUGCGUGGACUGGCGCAACCGCACCGGCGGGGCCUGUCCGGUGACCUGCCCGGCCCACCGGGAGUACCGAGCCUGCGGCCCCACUGAGGAGCCCACCUGCAAGUCCGGUUCCCCUCAGCAGAAUGACACACGGCUGGUGGAGGGCUGCUUCUGUCCUGAGGGUACCAUGAGCUACGCCCCUGGCUAUGAUGUCUGUGUGGACACCUGCGGCUGCGUGGGCCCCGACAAUGUGCCCAGAGAGUUCGGGGAGCAUUUCGAGUUCGACUGCAAAGACUGCGUGUGCUUGGAGGGCGGGAGCGGCAUCGUGUGCCAGCCGUGGCAGUGCCGCCAGCAGCCCGGCCUGCAGUGCAGCGAGGAGGGCACCUUCCCCGUCACCGAGGUGGACCCCUCAGACACCUGCUGCAAUGUCACCUUCUGCAAGUGUGACGUCAGCCUGUGCAAGGAGCCGGCCGCCUGCCCGCUGGGCUUCGAGGUCAAGAAGGUGACGGCGCCCGGGCGCUGCUGCCCGGCCUACUCCUGCGAGCCCAAGGGUGUGUGUGUGUUGAACAACGCCGAGUACCAGCCCGGCUCUCCAGUCUAUUCCUCCAAGUGCGAGGAGUGCAGGUGCACCGACAAGAAGAACAGCAGCACCCAGCUCAACGUCGUCAGCUGCUCGCACGUGCCCUGCCCCAGCUCCUGCAGCCCCGGCUUCGAGCUGGUGCCGGCACCUGGCGAGUGUUGCCGCAAGUGUGAGCAGACCAGCUGCAUCAUCUCACGUCCCCAUGGGCAGCAUCUCAUCCUGAAGCCCGGAGACAUGCAGAGUGACCCCAGCAACAACUGCACCUUCUUCAGCUGCGUGAAGAUCCACAACCAGCUCAUCUCCUCAGUGUCCAAUAUCACCUGCCCCGACUUUGACCCCAGCACCUGUGUACCGGGCUCCAUCACAUUCAUGCCCAACGGCUGCUGCAGGACCUGCAUCCCCCGCAAUGAAUCUCGGAUCCCCUGCUCCACCAUCCCUGUCACCAAGGAGGUGACCCACGCCGGCUGCAGCAGGACUGUGACCAUGAACUACUGUGUCGGCUCCUGUGGUACCUUUGCCAUGUACUCGGCUGAGGCUCAGGGCCUGGACCACCGCUGUGCCUGCUGCAAGGAGGACCGCACCAGCCAGAGGGAGGUGGAGCUGCUGUGCCCCACGGGUGGUACCCUCACCCACACCUACACCCACAUCGAGAGCUGCCUGUGCCAGGACACGGCCUGCGAGCCCCUGCAUGCCCGUGCCCGCCGCUCUGGCCCCCGUGCUCCCCGUGCCGGACACCAGUGACCUCCACCCCACCCGAUUCCCUCCACCCGCCUUUCUUUCUGCAUAUUUAUUCUUUCAGUUGCAGUUCAGCUCUUGACUUUCACUAAAUAAACUUGGCAGACACGC